AUGGUGGCGGCUAAGAAAACGGUGAGUUUGGGACUGGGAAAUCGUUCAUUAAUAGAAAUGUUUGUGCACAUCCUUAAUUUAGGAACGGUGAUGGGUAAAUGUUAUUUUCAAAUCGUUCAUUUAUCCCAGUGUGAGUGACCAACCAGGGCCCGGUUUCCCGAUAGCGAUGGAACUUUAGGCUUACGAGUGUCUUUACGAUGUAUCUUUCCUACGGCGGAAGAUGUAACAUGCGUUUCCCAAAACACCACGCAGAGAGAACGUUCGGUAGGUGCGUAGUUGAGGCAUGUGUCGAUACUGAUAGGAUUGAAAGAAAGGCAGCGCUGCUCUCGGGUCAGCUUGGCCCCAGUGAUGUACUGGACCGUACACACUACCCUCUGUAGUCCCUUGCGGUCAGAGGCCAAGCAGUUGCCAUACCAGGCGGUGAUGCAACCAGUCAGGAUGCUCUUGAUGGUGCAGCUGUAUAAUUUUUUGAGGAUCUGAGGACCCAUGCCAAAUCUUUUCAGUCUCCUGAGGGGGAAUAGGCUUUGUCGUGCCCUCUUCACGACUGUCUUGGUGUGUUUGGACCAUGAUAGUUCGUUGGUGAUGUGGACACCAAGGAACUUGAAGCUCUCAACCUGUUCCACUACAGCCCCGUCGAUGAGAAUGGGGGCGUGCUCAGUCCUCUUUUUUUUUUCCUGUAGUCCACAAUCAUCUCCUUUGUCUUGGUCACGUUGAGGGAGAGGUUGUUAUCCUGGCACCACACGGCCAGGUCUCUGACCUCCUCCCUAUAGGCUGUCUCAUCGUUGUCGAUGAUCAGGCCUACCACUGUUGUGUCGUUGGCAAACCUAAUGAUGGUGUUGGAGUCGUGCCUGGCCAUGCAGUCAUGGGUGAACAGGGAGUACAGGAGGGGACUGAGCAUGCACCCCUGAGGGGCCCCCGUGUUGAGGAUCAGUGUGACAGAUGUGUUGUUACCUACCCUUACCACCUGGGGGCGGCCCGUCAGGAAGUCCAGGAUCCAGUUGCAGAGGGAGGUGUUUAGUCCCAGGAUCCUUAGCUUAGUGAUGAGCUUUGAGGGCACUAUGGUGUUGAAUGCUGAGUUGUAGUCAAUGAAUAGCAUUCUCACGUAGGUGUUCCUCUUGUCCAGGUGGGAAAGGGCAGUGUGGAGUGCAAUAGAGAUUGCAUUAUCUGUGGAUCUGUUGGGGCGGUAUGCAAAUUGGAGUGGGUCUAGGGUUUCUGGGAUAAUGGUGUUGUGAGCCAUGACCAGCCUUUCAAAGCACUUCAUGGCUACAGACGUCAGUGCUACGGGUCAGUAGUCACUUAGGCAGGUUCUUAGUGUCCUUGGGCACGGGGACUAUGGUGGUCUGCUUGAAACAUGUUGGUAUUACAGACUCAGUCAGGGACAUGUUGAAAAUGUCAGUGAAGACACUUGCCAGUUGGUCAGCACAUGCUCGGAGUACACGUCCUGGUAAUCCGUCUGGCCCUGCGGCCUUGUGGAUGUUGACCUGCUUAAAAGUCUUACUCACAUUGGCUACGGAGAGCGUGAUCACAUAGUCAUCCGGAACAGCUGGUGCUCUCAGGCAUGCUUCAGUGUUGCUUGCCUCGAAGCGAGCAUAGAAGUGGUUUAGCUCGUCUGGAAGUCUUGUGUCACUGGGCAGCUCGCGGCUGUGCUUCCCUUUGUAGUCUGUAAUAGUUUUCAAGCCCUGCCACAUCCGACGAGCGUCAGAGCCGGUGUAGUAUGAUUCAAUCUUAGUCCUGUAUUGACUCUUUGCCUGUUUGAUGGUUCGUCGGAGGGCAUAGCGGGAUUUCUUAUAAGCGUCCGGGUUAGAGUCCCGCUCCUUGAAAGCGGCAGCUCUACCCUUUAGCUCAGUGCGGAUGUUGCCUGUAAUCCAUGGCUUCUGGUUGGGGUAUGUACGUACGGUCACUGUGGGGACGACAUCAUCGAUGCACUUAUUGAUGAAGCCAGUGACUGAUGUUGUGUACUCCUCAAUGCUAUCUGAAGAAUCCCGGAACAUGUUCCAGUCUGUGCUAGCAAAACAGUCCUGUAGCUUAGCAUCUGCGUCAUCUGACCACCUUUUUAUUAACCGAGUCACUGGUGCUUCCUGCUUUAGUUUUUGCUUAUAAGCAGGAAUCAGGAGGAUAGAGUUAUGGUCAGAUUUGCCAAAUGGAGGGCGAGGGAGAGCUUUGUAGCGUCUCUGUGUGUGGAGUAAAGGUGGUCUAGAGCUUUUUUUCCUCUGGUUGCACAUUUAACAUGCUGGUAGAAAUGAGGUAGAACGGAUUUAAGUUUUCCCUGCAUUAAAGUCCCUGGCCACUAGGAGCGCUGCCUCUGGAUGAGCGUUUUCCUGUUCACUUAUGGCCUUAUACAGCUCAUUCAGUGCAAUCUUAAUGCCAGCAUUGGUUUGUGGUGGUAAAUAGACAGCUAUGAAAAAUAUAGAUAGACUCUCUUGGUAAAUAGUGUGGUCUACAGGAAAAACUACAUCAUAAGAUACUCUAUCUCAUGCAAGCAAAACCUAGAGUUCCUUAGUAUUUGAUUUUGUGCACCAGUUGUUGUUUACAAAUAUACACAGACCGCCACCCCUUGUCUUACCGGAGUCAGCCGUUCUAUCCUGCCGAUGUAGCGUAUAGCCCGCUAGCUGUAUGUUGUCCAUGUCGACGUUCAGCCACGACUCGGUGAAACAUAAGAUAUUACAGUUUUUAAUGUCCUGUUGGUAGGAUAACCGUAAUCUUAGGUCAUCCAAUUUAUUCUCAAAUGAUUGAACAUUGGCUAAUAGGAUUGAUGGAAGAGGCAGUUUACUCACUCGCCGUCGGAUCCUUACAAGGCACCCCGACCUACGUCCACGAUAUCUCUCUCUUUCUCAUGCGAAUGAUGGGGAUUUGGGCCUUGUCGGGUGUCUGUAGGAUAUCCUUCGCAUCCGACUUGUUGAAGAAAAAUUAUUCGUCCAAUACGAGGUGAGUAAUCGCUGUCCUGAUAUCCAGAAGCUCUUUUUGGUUAUAAGAGACGAUGGCAGAAACAUUAUGUACAAAAUAAAUUACAAAUAACGCGGAAAAACACACAUAAUAGUACAAUUGGUUAGAGGGCUGUAAAACGGCAGCCAUCUUCUCUAACGAUGUACUUAGUUAUUUAUCGACUGCCGUAGAACAGCUAUAGUUUAAGUACAACUUAAGUAGUGAUGGUUUUGGGAAACGGCUCAGAGAUUUAACAUUGCUCCUACAAAGGUUAACGAUUAACUUAGUCGUAAGAUGCAUUUGUGUAACUGGGCCCUCGCCUGGUCUGGUUCAUAUUGACAUGCCAUGAUGCAUGGGACUGCCUUGUGUUUAGUCAUUUAUGCAGUCAUGGGCUAAAAGCAGCCUGACUGUUGGAAGCCAACUUUCCGAUGCAACACUACUGAUUGGUCGGUCUCUAAUCUGUUUCUCUCCCCAGAAAAAGUCCUUGGAGUCCAUCAACUCUCGGCUUCAGCUGGUGAUGAAGAGCGGUAAAUAUGUACUGGGCUACAAACAGACUCAGAGGAUGAUCCGCCAGGGCAAAGCCAAGCUGGUCAUCCUGGCCAACAACACACCUGCCCUGAGGUAACUACACUCAACAAAAAUAUAAACGCAACAUGUUAAGUGUUGGUCUCAUGAGCUGAAAUAAAAGAUCCCCAGACAUUUUCCAUAAGCACAAAUAGCUUUUCUUUCAAAUUUUGUGAAAUUUUUUACAUCCCUGUUAGUGAGCAUUUCUUAUUUGCCAAGAUAAUCCAUCCACCCGACAGGUGUGGCAUAUCAAGAAGCUGAUUAAACAGCAUGAUCAUUAUAGGUGCACUUUGUGCUGGGGACUAAAAGGCCACUAAAAUGUGCAGUUUUGUCACACAGCACAAUGCCACAGAUGUCUUGAGGGAGCAUUUAAUUGGCAUGCUGACUGCUGGAAUGUCCACCAGAGCUGUUGCCAGAGAAUUUGUUCAUUUCUCUACCAAUGUCAUUUUAGAGAAUUUGGCAGUACGUCCAACUGGCCUCAAAACUGCAGACCACGUGUAACCACGCCAGCCCAGGACCUCCACAUCCAGCUUCUUCACCUGUCGGAUCGUCUGAGACCAGUCACCCGAUGAAACUGUGGGUUUGCACAACUGAAGAAUUUCUGCACAAACUGUCAGAAACUGUCUCAGGGAAGCUCAUCUACGUUGCGUGCUCGUCGUCCUCACCAGGGUCUUGACCUGAAUGCAGUUUCAGCGUCGUAACCAACUUCAGUGGGCAAAUGUUAACCUUUGAUGGCCACUGGCACACUUAAGAAGUGUGCUCUUUACGGAUGAAUCCCGGUUUCAACUGUACCAGACAGUGUGGGCGAGCGGUUUGAUUGUCAAUGUUGUGAACAGAGUGCCCCAUGGUGGCGGUGGGGUUAUGGUAUGGGCAGGCAUAAGCUGCAGACAAUGAACACAAUUGCAUUUUAUCGAUGGCAAUUUGAAUGCACAGGGAUACCGUGACGAGAUCCUGAGGCCCAUUGUCGUGCAAUUCAUCCGCUGCCAUCACCUCAUGUUUCAGCAUGAUAAUGCACAGCCCCAUGUCACAAGGAUCUGUACACAAUUCCUGGAAGCUGGAAAAUGUCCCAGUUCUUCCAUGGCCUGCAUACUCACCAGACAUGUCACCCAUUGAGCAUGUUUGGGAUGCUCUGGAUCGACGUGUACGACAGCGUGUUCCAGUUCCUGCCAAUAGUCAGCAACUUCGCACAGCCAUUGAAGAGGAGUGGGACAACAUUCCACAAGCCACAAUCAACAGCCUGAUCAACUCUAUGCGAAGUAUGUUGCACUGCAUGAGGCAAAUGGUGGUCACACCAGAUACUGACUGGUUUUCUGUUCCACGCCCAUACUUUUUUUUUAAAGGUAUGUGACCAACAGAUUCAUAUCUCUGUAUUCCCAGUCGUGUGAAAUCCAUAGAUUAGGGCCUAAUUAAUUCAUUUAAAUUGACUGAUUUACUGUGACUCAGUAAAUUGUAGACGAAAUUGUUGCAUUUUUAUAUUUUUGUUCAGUGUAACUAACCAACACACCUGCGCUCGUAACUAACCAACACUUACCUAACUACUGCAAGGGUGGGCAAUCUGGCUUUUGCUCCAGUCAAAACUAGCACACCUACUAAUUAUUUGAAUCGGGUGUGCUACUACUAGGUUGGAGCAAAACCCUCUCCCUCAGGGAAGACUGCUCACUCCUGCUCAGCACCAACAUUAUACUGAAGUGAAUCCACCCUAAAACUGAUUUGAACACUUCCCUUCUCUCUCUGUAGGAAAUCAGAGAUAGAAUACUAUGCUAUGCUGGCUAAGACUGGAGUCCACCACUACAGUGGGAACAACAUAGAGCUGGGCACAGCCUGUGGAAAGUACUUCAGAGUCUGCACACUGGCCAUCAUUGACCCUGGUGAGUUCAUGGAAAAUUAACAAGUGUGUAAACUGUUAUUCUUUCCUGACUGGUUUAUAGAAUGUAACUUCUAAUUUAUUUUCUAAUCAUCUACAGGUGAUUCAGACAUCAUCAGGAGUAUGCCUGAUCAGCCACAGGGGGAGAAGUAG